UGGGCCACUCGAUUCGCCUGUGCCCGUUCCUCAAGUGGAGUCGGACGGUUCCUGUCUCCCUGAGCGCUCUCUCGUCUUCUCCUCUGCAAAUCUCUCCACACACCGCUCGGCUCGCGGCGAUGGAGUGCGUGUUCGGGCUCGUCGGCGAUGGCUUCGCCUUGAUCGCGGCGGACACAUCAGCCGUUCACUCGAUCCUGGUCCACAAAUCCAACGAGGACAAGGUCAUGAUCCUCGACUCCCACAAGCUCCUCGGCGCCUCCGGCGAGGGCGGCGACCGGGUGCAGUUCACGGAGUACAUCCAGAAGAACGUCCACCUCUACCAGUUCCGGAAUGGCAUUCCCCUCACGACCGCCGCUGCCGCCAACUUCACCCGCGGCGAGCUCGCCAUCGCCCUACGGAAGAAUCCAUAUUUUGUGAACAUUCUACUGGCUGGUUACGACAAGGAUAUUGGUCCAUCUCUCUACUACAUCGACUACAUUGCAACUAUGCACAAAAUUGAAAAGGGUGCAUUUGGUUAUGGAUCCUACUUUUCCUUAUCCAUGAUGGACCGGCACUAUCACAGUGGGAUGUCAUUAGAAGAAGCAAUUGAUUUGGCAGACAAGUGCAUCAUGGAAAUCCGAUCUAGAUUGGUUGUUGCCCCACCAAACUUUGUGAUCAAGAUUGUUGACAAGGAUGGAGCAAGAGAGUAUGCAUGGCGUGAAUCAAUUAAAGAUGCUGGAGUUGCUACAGCUUAAGGUGUUUGUUUCUUUUUCCUCUUGAAAGAGCCUUAUUGUUGAUUCUGUGAUGAACUGAGGUUGGAGAAUGGUUUAGAUGCAGUUUAUUAUGACCAUAUGUUCACUAGUGAUCUUUCACCUUUCUUUACUGAAUUUCCUUUGUCAAACAAAUUUUCCCCAUUUUGCACCAUGUUUGUCUUGAAAGAAGCAAAUAGUGACUUGAUCAAAGAUAUUUGACAUUGAAACAUCUUCAGGGUCUGUUUCCAGAGUUACCCUGAUGUUGAACCA